AUGCUCUGCCAGAUCAUCAGUCAGGCCAACAUACAUCCAAGCUUGAUACCUGUUUUUAUAUUUGUUGGAGCUGGAGGUACGAGAGCAGCACUGUAUCUCUUGUGUUUGGCAUUAUUCAAUCUAGAUGUUAGUUGGGACAGAAAGAAUAACCCAGAGCCCUGGAACAAACUGGGUCCCAAUGAUCAAUACAAGUUCUACUCAGUGAAUGAGGAUUACAGCAUACUGGAGAAAGAAGGUCCAGAUUUCUAAAUGAAAUGUUUCACUAUAAAGCUACUUUAGAAUGAAGGUCUUCCAGAAGCCAUCUGCACCAUUUUCCACUUAAUCAGGAAAUAUUUCUCCUCUAAAUGCAUGAAAUCAUGUUGAUGCAAUCUACUGGAGAUUACACUGAUUAAUAAAGAACUGAAACUUG